ACUAAGCAGAUGAGACACGCCAAGGCAAAGGAUAGGAUGUUGCCAGAUUUUUUUAUAUUACUGUGGUUUUGUGUUGUCUAAUUGGGGUGUUGUUUUCCUGUUGCAGGUUAAAGAUUAAUUCUCAUUUUUAUUGUUCGUAAAAGAGAUGGGAAAUAAAUCAUCACUUUUACUGCGUGAAGAAGAAAUAGCGCAGAUCCAAGAAGAGACGGGAUUCACACCUAAUCAAAUCGAGCGACUUUACAGUCGGUUCACGAGCUUGGACCGGGGAGACUGCGGCACGCUGAGUCGAGAGGACUUCCUCCGUAUUCCAGAGCUGGCCAUCAAUCCGCUCGGGGAUCGCAUUGUCCACGCAUUUUUUGAAGAAGGAUCCACUGACAGAGUUAACUUUCGUCAGUUCAUGCGUGUGCUGGCACGCUUUCGACCAAUUAAGAAGGGUCGUGAUAACCGCCUCAAUUCCAGGGAGCAGAAGUUGAAAUUUGCAUUCAAAAUGUACGACCUUGAUAAUGAUGACAAAAUUUCAAGAGAUGAAUUGUUGGCUAUUUUGCAUAUGAUGGUUGGUGCUAAUAUCAGUGAGGAGCAGUUGACAAGCAUUGCAGAAAGAACCAUUUUAGAAGCAGAUCAGAAUGGUGAUCAGAUGAUCUCAUUUGAAGAGUUUUGCAGUGCUUUAGAGAGAACUGAUGUUGAGCAGAAAAUGUCAAUUCGCUUUCUUAGUUAGCUACGUUCAUCAUUAAUGGAAAAUGUGCAACAUGUUACCAACUAUUGUGAAGACUUGUUUGGAUGGAGUUACCAAUAUUUCAGGCCCUUCAUAUUCGAAGGUGCAAAAUACUGCAUUUGAUUGUGUGUUAAAAUAUGGUUAUAUGUAUAAUUUCAAAAAGCUGUUAUGUACAAUACUUAAGCUUUGGUUAUCUUCUUGCUUGUUUUGUUUAUAAUAAAUAUUUUUUUAUUGGAGUGUUACUACUAUUAAAA